GUGUUUCUUUCGGUCUGUUGUGAUCUUAGCGCCGAAGACUGACGCCAGUAGGACGUCCGCACAGAGUCACUAAGGAGCGACAGCAUCACAGCCUUUGACAUGUCAGUAACAGCUGAUCACAUCCGGGACAGACUUAUCAAAGAGCUGGCGGCAGUGCACGUGGAGGUGGAGGAUACAUCAGCCAACAGAUGUGCUGCCAGCUUCAAAGUGCUGGUGGUUUCGCCGCAGUUUGAGAACAAACCACUGCUGCAGAGACACAGGAUGGUGAAUACUUGUCUAGCCGAGGAGCUGAAAGAGAUCCAUGCUUUUGAACAGAAGACCCUCACACCAGAACAGUGGAAGAAACAGAAUUCACAAUGACACACAAACACUGUAUCACGUUGUUGCCACAAACACUCACUGGAUAUGUAGAACGGAUACACUUCUUAAAUUCUCUUUAAUCGACUGGCAAUAAAACUCUUUGAUGCUUC